UAAAUUUUCAGAAAUUAUAUUUUCCAAAAAAAAUUUUGUCUUCAACACUACCAAGCAAUUUAAAGCAAAAAAAAAAAAAAAGAAAAAAGAAAAUAUGAAAGUAUCUGGAUAUGUAUUAAAAUUAUACAUGAAAUGGUUAAAUAAUAAUAAAAAAUGUAAUUGUUGGCAAAUUACUGUUGUAUAGGAGGAAUAAAACACUCUGAUCCCAAAUGUGCUGUUAUUGGAAAAUAACAACUUAAACACUAACAGUAAGAGUAACUCUGCUUCGCGUUGGGCCACAUCACACCACCAGUUAUUUUCCUAUAACAGAAUGCCCCCAAGUGUUUUAUUCCUAAUUUAACUCUCACUUGUAAUGCACCUAGAAUAAUGUCACUCUGACAUACCAGAGGUUCACUGACUUGCAUUCAAUUGUACUAACAUUCUUAUAUACAUUCAUAUUAAUUAAAACACCCAUCAUAUUAAUUAAAGAUUGUGUGAAUAGGAAAUGGAAUUAUAGUAAUCACAUCCUUUAUACAAGCCUUAACUCUCUUGUAGAUGCCUGUAUUUUCUCUUCUCUUCACCUCUCUUACCCUGCUGCUCCGAUGCUGCAAUUCAAUAGUCAUAUCUAGUGCCGGAUGUGGGACUCGUAAAGUGUGCUUCAGUAAACCCGACGGUUGUGACCCGGCUAAAGACGCGAACUGCUACUUCAUGUCGGCCGUGCCGUCGCCUGGUAUUUGGGAAAUCGCGUUUGAGAUCCAUGGACUUGCAGAAGGAUUUGUCUCCUUUGGCUUUUCAGAUGACCAGCUUAUGGGUAAUGAUGACAUCUACAUUUGCGUCCUGGACAGUAAUGGUAGCACCAAUGUCCGUCAUGCCUUCUCUACUGGGAGAAGCAGACCAAAGAAUGUUCCACUGGGCAAUGUUUCACAUAUAAGGACCUCAGUGAUGGAUGGAGCCAUCAGCUGCUCCUUUAUAUCGCGAAACCCCAUCAGUACUACAAGAAUCUCAGGAAUGAAUAGCAGUCAUUAUCUAUUGUUUGCCUAUGGAUCAAGUGUUGAUGGUACAACAGUGAAGCAGCUUUUUAUGUUGGCAGGUGAAAUCCUGUUUCAUGGACAAAAUCAAUUUGUUAGUGCUGCCCCAGUGGAUAUAUUCAAUCCACAGAUUACCAGAAAUAUGCAGCUGCCUGUGAUCAUUAAAGCCCAUGGUUCUCUUAUGCUUAUUGCCUGGAUGUGUACUGCCAGCACGGGCAUGAUGAUUGCACGCUAUUUGAAGGCAGUCAUGGGAAAAGGUUGCUGUCGCAAUGACCUCUGGUUUGUGGCUCAUGUGUCUUUAAUGUCCGUCUCUGUUGCUGUGACCAUCACUGCAAUUGUUCUUUUGUUUGCACAUGUUAGGGGCUGGAGUGGGGGGCUUCAUCCUAUAUUGGGAACUUCGGUGCUGAUCCUCAGCCUGAUUCAACCACUCGCAGCUGCUUUUCGCUGCGCACCUGAACAUGAACGGCGAUACAUUUUCAGUUGGCUGCAUGAUAUAAAUGCUGCUGCCAUUAAAGUGCUUGCAGUGGCAGCCAUAUUCACCGGCCUGUCGCUAAUCUGCAACUCAGACCGAUCUCUUCUUGAGGUGAUGGGUGGAUUCGUGGGCUGGGAGGGACUCUUUUUUCUUCUCCAAGAGCUUCACAUGCACUUAAGAAAAACGGAUGAUGAAGAAAAUGGUUUUGAACUGAUCAGUGCAGAAACAACUCUCAUGAUCCUGUACUUGCUUGGAAACCUGAUGUUCUUGGUGACACUUUUGGCUGGAAUUAGCAUGAUGUAGAAUUUAUAUUAUUUUAAUGUAAAUUAAAGUAAACAAAGUAUAUACACAAAAUAUAAUAUGUUGUAGUUAGCACCAUUUAUUUAUAUAAAUGUUUGAUAAUUUAAGAAAAAAAAAUGUACUGAACUAUCUCCUGAGAAAAAGUCUGAAGUGCUAGUAAGUGGAAGGUUGUAAGUUCAAGUCACAGCCUUGCCAGAGAUCUGACAACUUUCAAGAAGACUGUUGAGCAAGACCCACAACUGGUCAGCUGUUCACCUGGCCUGGAUUUACCUUCACUUCUAAAAUGUUUUUAAUGCUACAUGAUUACUAAUGCUAAUUUCCGGAGUAGUACAACAGAGGGUCUGGGGGUACAACUAUGUUUGAAUACUUACUGUUUGGCUCAGGAAAAAGGAAACUAAUUAGCUUAGCUUGCACAUUUUUUUCCCUUGCUAAUGUUGUUACUGUUAAAUGGCAAUGGCAGGUGUUGCUAGUAGGGUGUGUGCACACCCUGAGGCACUUGUCCAACGCACAUUUUCUCCCUGCAAAGAGGGAAAUUGUAAUGUCAGAAGGCUGGAAGAGCAAGAGGAAAAUCUUUAUAGUAAAUGAAAGGUUCUCAAAAUUCUCAAUGGAAGCUAUGUGGCUAAUGAUGCAACAUUUUCAGGAACCCUCAGCACUGACCCACAACACCAUGGUGGAGUUUUAAAUCAACCACCAAGACAGCACAAAAUUGCAAGGCAAUGCUUCUGUCCUUUGAGCAACUGAAGUGCAGUAUCAGCAUUAUUUAUGAGUGCUGUCUGUUAGCCUUUGAAAUCAUUUAAUACACAGCCUGAAGGAAAACACCCUGGAGAUCCAGAAUAAAAGAAAUAUCGAAGUUUACAUAUGUGAAUGAUUGUGACAGAUAAAUGCAAAAAAAGCCUUGUCUUCAGUCAGCAACAGUGGCUCAUGAAGAAGUGCAUGUGUUCUACUAAUAACACUAUUAUUGCUGUUACUAUAUAUGGCACUUUAUCACUACUACGUUGGAAUAAUCACAUUUACUACAUAGUGUUUUUUUUUUUUUUUUUUGCACAAUUACACAAUUAACAAGAAAUCUCAGUUAAUAAAUAAUUAAGAUUUAACACACAUUAGCAUAACACCUGCAUUUCUUUGCAUUGUGACAGAUAAAUCAUUCAUAGGGGGAAAAAAACAGAAGAAGGUGAGAGUUGAACCACUGAGUUGAGGAACAACGGUAGUAGUGUUAUAUAUACACACAGCAAGUAAAUAUAUAGUAGCAAAAAUAAAAUAUAAAGCAUGUAAAACAACAGCAAUAAUUACACAAGCACCUACAUGUAUAUAGCCAAGAGCAGCAUAACCCCUCCUUCCACCUCUCCAGGAGCCCCAGGUGGGACAUACUGGCUUUCACUCUCUUUCUCUCACUUUGCCAGAUUUAGUGCCCCACCUGGUUCCAGCACCUUCAGCUCGCCUGCAGGCAGUCUUGAUCCUGUGUGGUAUUGCACCACAGAGGGACUCACCCUUAGACAUCUGAGCCACCAGUACCUUCUGAAACUCUACUUCUUUUUUGGGGGGUUUAUCUUUUACUUUACAUCACCCACACACUCAUAAAGAAAACUCUUACAUUCCAGUUAACCCAAAGCUUGAACCCCGAUCAUGAGAAAGAAGUCACUAGCCUAGUGAGCCACCAGUGCCUUUGGAUAAUGGUAGCCAUCUUUUUGGGGGGUUUAUCUUUUACUUUACAUCACCUAUGCACUUAUAAAGAAAACGCAUGCAUUCCAGCUGAGCCGAGGCUUGAACCCCGAUCAUGAGUUACAAAUAAAAUGGUCAUGGACCUCUCCAUGGAUACAUAACAUUAUCAAAUGGUGUAACUAUUUCUUCUACAAUUCUUGUGUGCACUACCAAUAUUUUAAUCAAAAUGUUUGGUCUACUCCAGUCUGUCUCCAGCGGGAUUUUAACACAAUAUAUUAGCCUGAGCAUGACAUUACAAGGUUACUACCGAGACAGGAAGCAGAUUGGUGGUUUUACCCCCAGGCGGCUGUUUGGAGCCAAAUGUUACAGCUGUCUGUUCUCAUCAUGAUGCUCAGGAUAAAUGAGAGUGGACAGGUUCAAGAAGUACAGCAGAUUCAGGUUAGUGCACCCAGAUCUGGCCAUAUAUAUACAUAUCUGGCAAAUAUUGAGCCUUGCCUGUAAUACAAUUCCACCACCAAAAAUUGCUUGGAGUUCUUUUUUCAUACAGUUUUUCAAUUCAUACAAGUAAGAUUUCCCAAGUAAGAUUCCAAACAAAUUUAUCCCAGUAUAUCCUUCAACAAAUAACUAAUUAAAUAAAUGAAUAAAUUUACCAAGAUAAAGAAUAUGAAAUAUGUAUAUUCAGUGUAUGUGUGUAUGCAUGUAUGUAUGCAUGUAUGCUCACUGAAACUGGGUGAGCCUGUGCCCACUGUAGCCUCAGAUUCCUGUUCUUGGCUGACAGCAGUGGAACUUGGUGUUGUCUUCUGCUGUUGUAGAAAAGUAUGGAGAAUGAAAGGAACAGCUCAUGAUCCAGAGUAUACCACAUCAUGUGUCAAACAUGGCUGUGUUAUGACAUGGGCAUGUAUGGCUGCCAAUGGAACGGGCUCACUGGUGAUUAUUGAUGA